GCCAGCGGAAGUGGCGGGUUUCCCGUUUGUUUUUCUGCCGGUUUCUGGCGCCGCUUUUCCUCCGGAAAGUUUUGGGUGAAAAUCCCUGGGGAGUGUUGGGGGAGACGGAGUCUCUUUUCCUAAUCCCCAAACCACCUGCUCGGACCUUGCGGCAGGCCGCAAAACCUGGCAUUUCCCCGAAUCGCCUCCGGUCCGUUCCCUGUCUCACGCCAACCGGUCUCGUAAUCAGCGAAAGGUGGAGGCCUCGCGGCCUAACUCCAUGGAGUCGCCCGAGAAAGUCGAUGUGAACCGAGCAAGCGCCGAGGAACUGGAGACGGCGCUGUUCGGGAUCGGGAGGAAGAGGGCGAGAGCUAUCGUUAGGAGGCGAGAGGAAUUGAAAGGCUUCUCAUCGCUGGAUGAUCUCCUGCACAUCAAAGGCAUCACGGGCCAUCUUUUGGAAAGGAACUGUGAGUUACUGUUGUGCCAUACCAGUAAGCCGAGUACAGACACCAGCACGCAAGGCCUAUCCAGCAGCUCCGAUAGUAGCUUCUCUGAUGGUGCACUGGAUGAAGAGGCUGGAGUUCAUGAUGGGUGGGAGGAAGGAGAGAAUGAAGAAAUGGAUGAAAGAGAACAGGAAGAUCUGAGUGACACAGAGGGGAUUGAGGACGAUUGUGGAGAGUCGUAUUAUUAUUUUGUUGCGGACAAGGAGUGGAUUGACCUUGUUCAGGAAGCACAGGGUAGACAUCUAGUCCAACGUGUGAAACCUAAGAUGAAGCGAAAGUCAGAGAAUGGCCUUGAUGUGCGAGCGCUGUCACCAGGAAAGAAGCUCUGCAAAGGGUCAGAGUACUCCAGCUCUUUAUCACCCUGCAUAAAUACUGCCACAACGUUUGGAGAUCUACGGAAUGGCAACAUCCCAGGUCAGCAUCGGAAGCGCAUUACGUCAGUAGCACCACCAUCUGAUCUUCAGGAGUGGCUUAGCAUAUUCCAGAAAUGGAGUGGCCCUGAGAAGCUACUGGCGUUGGAUGAGCUCAUUGAUCGCUGCGAGACUUCACAGAUCAAAUACAUGAUGCAAGUCAUUGAGCCUCAGUUCCAACGAGACUUCAUAUCCCUCCUUCCAAAAGAGCUGGCACUCUACGUCCUGUCAUUUCUGGAACCACGAGACCUGCUGCGGGCAGCACAGACUUGUCGGUACUGGCGCAUCUUAGCUGAGGACAAUUUACUCUGGAGGGAGAAAUGCAGGGAAGAAGUGAUUGAGGAGCCCCUGUACCUUCGGCGGCGUCGGAUGCUCAGUACUGGUUUCAUGUACAGCCCUUGGAAAUCUGCCUUCAUGCGGCAGCAUAAGAUUGACACAAACUGGAGAUCUGGAGAGAUAAAACCUCCAAAGGUGCUGAAAGGUCACGAUGAUCAUGUCAUCACUUGCCUGCAAUUCUCAGGAAACCGGAUUUUAAGUGGUUCAGAUGACAACACUCUCAAAGUAUGGUCCGCAAUAACAGGCGAGUGCGUGCAGACGCUGGUCGGACACACAGGUGGAGUUUGGUCGUCCCAGAUGAGAGGGAAUAUCGUUAUCAGUGGCUCAACAGACCGUACCCUGAAAGUAUGGAAUGCGGAAACGGGUGAAUGCAUUCACACGCUUUAUGGGCAUGCCUCCACUGUACGCUGCAUGCAUCUCCAUGGCAACAAGGUGGUGAGUGGGUCAAGAGAUGCGACACUCCGAGUGUGGGACAUAGACACUGGCCGAUGCCUGCAUACGUUAUUGGGACACGUAGCUGCAGUGAGAUGUGUACAGUACGAUGGGAAGAGGGUUGUGAGUGGUGCUUACGAUUACACAGUAAAGGUGUGGGAUCCAGAAACUGAAGCUUGUGUGCACACUCUUCAGGGUCACACCAACAGGGUCUACUCACUUCAGUAUGAUGGUGUCCACAUUGUUAGUGGCUCCCUAGACACUUCGAUACGAGUGUGGGAUGCAGAAAAUGGGAACUGUUUGCACACUUUAAUGGGGCACCAGUCUCUGACGAGUGGCAUGGAACUGAAGGAUAACAUCCUGGUAUCUGGGAAUGCAGACUCCACAGUGAAAAUCUGGGAUAUCAAGACAGGUCAAUGUUUGCAGACUUUACAAGGUCCAAACAAACACCAGAGUGCUGUCACAUGCCUGCAGUUCAUCCAGAAGUUUGUGGUCACCAGCUCUGAUGAUGGGACAGUGAAACUGUGGGACCUCAAAACUGGUGAAUUCAUUCGUAACCUGGUGGCACUUGAGAGUGGAGGCAGUGGUGGUGUGGUUUGGAGACUCAGAGCCUCCAAAACGAAACUCAUUUGUGCUGUGGGCAGUCGGAACGGAACAGAGGAGACAAAACUGCUGGUCCUAGAUUUUGACGUUGAUAUGAAAUGAGCUGGCCUUGGCUGAGAGGUGUGUUGCCACUCGUGUCUGCUCACUCACUGGGCCUAGCAUGGCCAGCAAUCUGCAAUCAAACUCCAUGCAAUCCAUUCCAAUUUGCCAAAGAAGACUUGACCUUAUGGGGAAAAUGGGAGGGUGAUCUGCAGUAGCAGUGGAACGGUGAAGGCAGGUGCUGCUUUUACAAACCUGCAGCACUCGACAGGCUGGGAGUGAUUUGAGAAAGAUUUAAAGCACCUUAUAACUGAGCCAUCACAGGGGCAUCCAUCUCUGAUGAUGACGAGACACUUGGAGACACUUUAAAAAGACUUGCCAAAAUUGUUAGUAACAGAAACCUGUACAUAAAAUGGAUAUAUCUGUAUAUUAUAUAAAUGUGUAUCUAUGCGAAUGAAUGAAAUGAGCAUCCUUAACUACAUGUCUAUAUAUUGAACUUGGGUAAUGGGGGGAAACUAAUCUAUAUGUGCGUGUGUGUGUUUGAGAGAGAGAGACACAGAGGGAGGGAGAGAGAAUGGUGCUAAACAGUCCUGAGUGCGUGUGCUAGUGUGUAAGUGUGCUAGUGUGUAAGGUUUUCACUGUCAUGAGGCUACAAAGACAGCCCUGUUGUAUAUUGUACAAAAUGUAUGGGUUUUUUGGGGGGGGGCGGGCAGUGUGGG